ACAUGUCCGGACAGAUAACGAUAAGUAGGAUUUAACUGGUUAAGAAAUCAAUAACGCGACGCCAUAUUAAAUUCUCUCAAUGACAAAUGAUGCACAUGAAUGUGUAUUUUACCAGUUCACGUCUGCAUAAGAACCUGGUCGUUUGAAUUUAAACUUUUAUUACAAUUCAUAAAGGAUAAUUCUACAAUCUACAGACAUUCCAGUGAAUGUUAUAAUGUGUCUUUAUCAAUUUCCUUUCGUACGGACUAACUCUACAAAUCAUCGAUUUGAGAUAACAUACCAGGAAAACGUUAAUCCAUAUCAUAAGUUAAAACAUCCUUUUUUAAAAAUUCCUUUUUAUUGUCCUUGGGAUGCAUAAAAUAUGUUCAAAGCGUUUACAUUUAUAACAGAAAGUAAACACCAGUCUGAAAUCCCUUAAUGUUGACCUUGAUAUAAUGAAGCCAGAGAACCAAGCGAGACAAAAACGUCCUAUCGCGAGGGCGGUCAUUUUGAUUUAAUGUAUUAUAAUAUAUAGUUUUAGGGUGAACAAUUUUUUGUAAUUAUCCAAUCAAAUUAAAGACUUUUCACAGUCGGUUUGACGGGUAUAUAAGGAACAAUGACAGUCAAACUUAUCAGUUUGUGGUGGACCAGACGGUCAGUUCUACAAGACCCUACAGGAAAAUUAAGUCUGUCAUCUGUAAUGAAUGUGGCAAAGAAUUUUCCCAUACAUCAGGUGUAUUGCUCUGCUCAAGUGUACGUGUGUUUGCCCAGUCAGUAUGUGAGGAUGUAAACACACAAGUCUGCACUGGGUUCUACAGGACAAUGGAGAUGUGCGAUGACCCGUGUUAUUCCAAACUCUGUCGAAGAACAUGCAAGAAAUGUCUUUCGGUUUCCAUGCUUAUGCUGAGGGUGACAUUGGUCUUAAUGGGUAUAUUGACUGAACUGUAUGCAAAAGAAACCACACAGGACUUCAUCAGUAAAUACAACAAGUACAACACCGUCUGUCGAGGAAUGGGAUACGAAACAAAAAGUUGUAAAGGAAGAAACCAUGGAGCCAUAGCUUUCCAUGCACGAAUGUCCUCCAAUCUACAAAAUCUUGGUAAACAUGCUGUGGUUGUAUUUGGGAAAGUAACUCUAAACUCUGGAUCCGCCUAUAACGGUAAAACAGGGAUAUUCACAGCACCAACAGAUGGCAUCUACUCCUUCACAUGGACUAUUUUGACGAAGCCUGGAUCACGUUUUAACACAGAAAUUGUCAUUAAUGGAAAUAUAGUUGGCUAUAGUUAUGUUAACGGUAAAGAUGGCAGUUCCCAGUACGAGUCUUCCUCCACAACAGCCGUGAUUAGAAUGAAGAAGAAGGACAAGGUCUGGAUAAGGACAUAUGGUGGGGAUGGGAAAUAUGCAUACAAUAACUGGUCGUCAUUCUCCGGGUUUCAAUUGUAGAUAUUAAAUUGCUUGAGAAAAAUAAAGCAAUCAAAUAUUUU